CCCCCCCCCACACAGACACAAAACCAGGUCAACAAUAAAGAGAGACGCAAAUAGGUUUCAUGCUUUAAAGUCAAAGAGUACUAGAUAGGUGUCUGUAGUUGAUAAGCAUUGUGCUGGCAGUAGUAACUGGAUAGCGUUCCCUUCUGACAUUUAUUGCGGUAUAAAAAUGUUUCCCCUCUGAACUUCUCUCCCCCAUAAAUCCAGCCUAUUAUUGAAAGGUCUUAGAGCAAUACUGGCUGGCAAACUGAAAAAAUGGAUGAGUUAAUAGCAUAGUUUGUCAGUGUGAAGGAGGACAGGGCUCUAAAUUGGAUUGGGCAAAUAGUCACUGUACUCUUGUGAGGGUGAAAUUUAUGAUCCCAACUAUAUAUUUCUUCUCUCUGAUCUCUAAUUAUUAUUUCCUAUAACUAAGCUCUGUACAAAAUGAAAUGGCAAUGUGAACUGCAGCUCAAUCUCAACAUGAACACCGGUGCAAUUCUUGGGAUUUGAUUGACUUUGACGCUUUUUAAUUACUGAUGCAAGCUUGCUGAGUGCACCAGAGUUACUCGUUUAUUUUAAGCUUCAAGAAUUUAUCUCACUUGAUUUUCUGUAGUUUUUUGUAUUGCUGUUCUAAAAAGUUGUUUCCAUUUAAAAAAAAAAAGGCUACAUUUUGUUUUAAUUUAAUUUGUAGUGCUUAGAGAAUACAGAGAGGCCUGAGUUUCUUGGGGUUUGUUUGUUUUUUAAAUCUCUUGGGCAGUAUAAUUUCAGUGAGUAAUUCAAACCCUGGACUGUGUGCAGAAUAUUUAGAAAAGAGAUGCCUCUUUGGACCACCAGAUCCUUCGUGCACCUCAAACUUUAUCAAACAGACUGUUAGGCAUUGUCCAUUACUUGCCAAGAGAUAAGUUUUGGUUUAUGUGGAGGAAUUUCACACUUUGAAAUCUCAUUGAAUUCUGUUAGGGUAUUUGUGAAAGUGAAUUUGGCAAAACUUCCCUAUGUAUGUUAACUGCCAUUGAGGGAACAAUAGUGUAGUUAGAUACAGGUAGACAGAAGUUACCUGGGAUACAAAUUCCAGCUUUAAAGGUGACAACAUUCAAAAGUGAGUCGUCAUUUAGAUGCUAAAGGAAGGAGAGAGAAUGAUUCUUACCUUUUUGAAAAUUUCCCCUUGUGAGGAGUUUAAAACUGGUAACUAAUAUAAGAACCAAAUUUUUCCUCUCAUUUCAGAUUUAGGGAAACUCCCUCCUUCCCCCUCCCAAAAAAACCCGGAAAAAUUCACUAGUGCGUGUGUGAGUAAAAGGUCCAAUCUUUUUAUUAUUAAUUUGUCUGGAGUAUGUCAUUCAAUUUCUUCUAAGGUAGAAUUGGAAGAGAAUUAGUUAGCACAGAAAUGUUUCAGUGCUCUUAAUGUAUGCAAUGUUGUUGAAAUCAUGUCAAUGUCAUGAUAUUAGAAAGACAAAGUGGAUGAGGUGAUAUCUUUUACUGGACCAAAUUUUCUUGCCAACAGAAAGAAGCUGGUCCAAUAUAAGACGUUACCUCAUGCACCUUGUCUCUAUCAGCACUUCAAUGACAUGAGAAUUGGAAUCUCUAAAUUUAGAUCAAAUGGUCAGAAAUACAGGGUUUAUGGCAUUCAGUAAAAAGGAGCAAACUGAAAAUCUGAUUUCACAGUGAAAUUAAACUAUGUUAAUUGGAAUCACUUUCAGGUUACUAAUGGUGUCAAAGUGAUUGGCUGCUAAGAAUUGGACCCUCGCCAUACUUUCAGGCCUUUGCCAUCUCACAGCAAUGGAUAACAGUGGAUAUAUGUAUCAGGGAACAGUAUGUGAUGACAAACCAGAAGUAUUUGAAAACCUAUACAAUAAAUGAAAAUUGGAUUUAAAAAAAAUCCAGAUUCUGUCUCAUGCAGCAUUGCCUCUUCAAAACUGAGCAUUUCCCUGCUUCCAAUUUUGCUGUAGUCUAGAACUGCUAAUUUUUUGUACUUGAUCACAGCUUUAAAUAUCAAGUCUAAGCAAUAAGUUGUCAGACUAUGCAUACUGUGCAUGCUUUUGUGUAUAAAUAUGGCUAUACUGUAUGCAUGUACAUACAUGCAUACAUUUAUGUGCCAGAUCCAAACUUAUCCAUGCUAUAAAGCAUUGGCCUGAAAGUGUAUUUAUGUGACACUUUUAUAACACCUCAGUUUUUGCCAUUACCCCCAUUUUAACACAAUUUGUGGUGCAUUUUAAAGUGACAGCCCAAAUAUAUCAUUUUUAUUACUACAUUUGCAUAUAUUGGGGUGUGUGUGUAUAAACACACAUUUGUGUAUAAAUACAUGUGUAUGUUUAUACAUACAAGUAUGUUUUUGCUAUACAGGUAAUAAAGAUGGGGGAAGGUUUUUGUGUUUUCUUAAUAGGUGAAGAAUUCUUGAAGACCAGAAAUUGGAACUUAUUGAGUUUUAAAUAAAAAAAAAAAAAUUUUUUUUAAAUUGUCCGGCUGUGGAAGAUGGAUCUUCAUUUUUGCAGCCACUUUGACUUACAAGUUCAUCUUUAAAUGAACUGUUUUUUGAAGAGCUAACUAACCCUGGCUGUCCUCCAGUCUGACAGAGAGUACUCAAAUGGACUUGCUUCCUGCAGUAGUUGUAAGAUGUUUAAAAGCACAGCCUGUGUCUGAAUUGUGGAUGAGAGAUUUCCUUGGCAAUGUGAGGAGAAAAUUCUUUCUCUCCCUGUAUUAUUAAUUCACGGAUUAAGUGUUGGUUCGGCCUACAGGAGAAAUUAAUUGGAAGUCUUUGAAGACCAACGUUCUUGCCGAGGCUAUCCAGGUUACUUUUUAAAGAAGAUUUCACUGGUCAAGUCUGAAAAAGAAGAAAGAGUGAAGCCCAUUUUCAUUAAGAGAGGAAGACGUCUAUAUGAGCAAUAUCCCUGAUAACUUGAGCUUGUUCUAACAAUCUGUCCAGCAUGUCUAAACAAGGAGAUGAUUGCUACUUCUAUUUCUAUUCCACGUGUACCAAGGGGGACGCUUGUCCAUUCCGUCACUGUGAAGCUGCACUGGGAAACGAGACUGUCUGCACACUGUGGCAGGAAGGGCGCUGUUUCAGGAGUAUCUGCAGGUUUAGGCACAUGGAGAUUGAUAAAAAACGCAGCGAGAUCCCUUGCUACUGGGAGAACCAGCCAGUGGGCUGUCAGAAAUUAAAUUGUGCUUUCCAUCACAACAAGGGACGCUACGUUGAGGGACUCUUCCUACCUCCAAGCAAAACUGUGCUGCCAAAUAUGACUGAGUCUGUAGAAGAGGAGGCAAAGGUGACCCAGAUCUCGCUGCAGCAGAAUAAACUGUCUGUCCAGUCCAAUCCUUCCCCUCAGCUGCGGGGGGUGAUGAAAGUGGAAAACUCUGAAAAUGUUCCCAGCCCCACUCAUCCUCCAGUCGUAAUCAAUGCUGCAGAUGAUGAUGAAGAUGAUGAUGAUCAACUUUCUGAAGAAGGAGAUGAAGCUAAAACACCUGUUCAGCAGCCAGCUACAGAAACCCAUAACGGACUGCGGAUCAUUUCUACUCGGAAAUCCAAUGCUAUUUCAAAACAAGAUAACAAUUUGAAUUUUGGAAUAAAAACCCUUGAAGAAAUCAAGUCCAAAAAAAUGAAGGAAAAAUCACAAAAACAAGGUGAAGGCCCCUCUGGAGUUUCCAUUCAUCCACUCCAACCCCAGACUAUUCCUGGCCCAGAAAAGGAAAACCUACGGACGGUGAUCAGGACUGUAACGUUGUCUGCAAAACAAGGUGAGGAGCCUCUGAUUCGAUUGAGUCUCUCGGAGAGACUGGGAAAACGGAAACCCGCCAUAGAUGAAAGUGGCCCUCUGUUGAAGCGUAGUCUUGCUGAAAGGCUGGGAAAGAAGCUUGAAUCACUGGAGAAGGCUGACAAAGCACCGAAGAGAGUUCAGGCCCCCAAGUCUCUUAAGGAGAGGCUAGGAUUGCCAGCUGAGCAGGCUAGCACCAACACAGAGAGAGCUGCAAAACCAGCAGGCGAGAUCCGUGUGAAAACACUAGAGGAAAUCCGUCUUGAGAAAGCCAGCCAGAGACGGGAAGAACCUCAAACCAAACCCAAGACUGAAGAGUCUUGUAAAACAGAAGAUUCUAAUCCAGGGGUAAGGCCCUGUGCAACAGUUCGAAUCAAAACCUUUUCUGAGGUCCUGGCUGAGAAAAAACACAAGCAGUUGGAGGAGGAGAAGCUAAAAGCGGAAGAGAGCCCUACCAAGCCGAAGACUGAGAGUGAGCCCAAAAAGCAGGCUUCUGCAACUCCACCUGUAGCCAGCAAAGGGCAGCUGGAGGAGUCAACAGGCAAAGCCAAGUCAAUAGGGGAGGUGCGCAUUAAAACACUGGAGGAGAUCAAGCAGGAGAAAGCCCUGAGGAUGCAGCAGGGUGGAGAGAACACGCCAAACACACCAGCACCACCUGAGCUUACUCCCACAGGGAGGAGAUUACUGCGUAUUACCAAGCUGACAGCACCUGGCAAGGAAGAAAAGAAGUUGGACUCGAGUGUUCCGCCCCCCAGAACUGGUCCCGCAGACAAGGCUGCAGAGUCUUCAGAAGAGAGUGCAAGCAACUCCACAGCUCAAAUGAAGAGCUCUGAAGAGAUACUGAGGGAGAAACGGCAGCUGAAACCACGUCAGAAGGAGAUGCCUGCUGUGCCAUCCUCUGGGGAAGAAACAUUGGAAGAGAAGAGCCCAGUAGCUGGGAAUCCUGAAUGCACAAUGACUCCCGGGGCAACUCGUCGGCUUACAAAGAGACUGACUGUGAAGUCAGAGGAAGCAGUGAUGGAAAGUCCAAAACCAGAGGAGUCAGUACUACCAGUGACUCGUGGAGCUCAGUCUCUGGAGCGAAAGGCUAAAGGGAAAGAUGGCCAGUACCCAUUGUGCAGUGUAGGCACAAUUAGACUUUUGCCAUCACAACAAGUGCAGCAGAGAAGACGCAUAGUUUAUUCAGUUGGCAAAAUGGACAGCCUUGAUUCAGAACAAGAAUGGAGUAGUGAAGGAGUUAUUGCAGCCAAACCCAAGGUGAAUGUGAAGCCAUCGGGUGGGAAAACCAUCUCCCCUGCAAAGCAAGCAUUGAAACGUAAGGUGGCCGAAAGUCACCCUUCUGCUAUUGCAGCUGUGAAACCACUGAGCACCACCAGCAGUGACUCGAAGGAGCUCCCCACUAAAAAAGCCGCUGUGGCUACUGUUCUAGUCCUGCCAGAGGAUAGUCCAGUCACUGUACCUGAGAGAGCAAAAACCAGAGAUGGCCCUGAGUUGCACAUAGGAAGCCAGGCAGCCUCUGUGGCUCAGUCAGAGAUGUCAAGCCCAACUUCUUCGCAGGCAGCAAUCAAGACCCGCAGGCUAAGCUCCACCGCAGCUGGGAAAGCACCUUUGUCCGUAGAAGAUGACUUUGAGAAGCUGAUUUGGGAAAUCUCUGGAGGCAAACUGGAAGCAGAGAUUGAUCUGGAUGCAGGGAAGGAUGAAGAUGACCUCCUGCUUGAACUCUCUGAAAUGAUUGACAGUUGAACCAAAUCUUUUAAAACAAAACAAAAAAAAAUUAAAACUCUUAUUUUGUUGGAUACCCAAGAUAAACCUUUUUCUUCUAUAUGAGAUUUUGCCACAAGUCUUGAACUAGUAGAAAUCGGGAAUAUCUGCACUCAGUUGUCAUUAAUUUCCCUGCUGGUCAGAGUUAAGAACCCGUGCGUCCAUUCUGUAACAAUAGACACCUAUCUUGAAUACGUGAGGAAUUCAACACUUCAAAGUUUCAGACCAGAAAGAUCUUGGGAGUCUAUCUAUAAAGUCUGGGAUUGUAAAUUUCUUCCAUUGAUUCAAGGCUAUGAAAGCUUUAAAAAAAAAAGUUCAUUGUAUUUCAGAGCUUUCUUUUGCUUUGUUUUCUUGAAUGGCCUGAAAUUACUAUGUCAGUUCUUGAGUUGCAUUUGUCCUUACCUUCUUUUAAUAUUUCAGAGAAAAUUAAUGAAAAAGUGGGGAGAGAAAGAUAAUUAUUACAGUAAUGUGGGCCAAAAAUACUGCCAAAGGUGCAGGAUCAGAUUAGCCCAUUCAGUCUUACUUCCUUUUAAUUAUCAGGGAUGAUACAAUAUCAGUAUGGUAAGCAGCAGCUAUAUAAUAUAUGAAGACUGCCUCUCUCUAUGAAUCAUACUGUAUUAAAUUGGGAGGAGGGAUACUUUUGUUGAUUAAGAUCCUGGGACAAGUUGUGUAACCCAUUGUGUAGUCUGCUACAAAACAAUACAUUGAAAAUGGGUCUUAAAAGUGCCUCUGUUUCCAAGAAUCUCUUCCUACUUCUGAUUUUUCUUCUACCCGGAAGCAAGUAGUUGCUGGAACUGAUGGGGAAAACACUUAUUUUCAGCUUUCUUUGAAUCCCAGUUUGUUAUAUAGGCUUGUCUGAUGUAGCAUGGUGCUGGAAUUUGGCCAAUAGGAAGCAUGUGUCAAGUCAGGCAAGUCUUAGUAAAGUGUUGCACUGUCAGAGCAAAUUCUGUGCCCCUCUCCUGUCCUGUGAAUACCUUUCUCUCUCUUAUUACUUCAUUUCUCCAUCCUACCCCAUUCUUUGGGCCUGAAUUAAUCAUUUAGGAAGUAGACACCUGCAAUUGGGAGUUAGGAAAACUAGUUUUCUGUGCUUGGCAGUCCUUUUGCCUGAACUGUGUAUAUGGAAUCUUGCUGUGACCCAGUAGUGAACAUUUGAGAUUGGGGUGUAUUGUGUACCCCAUCACCUAUGUUCAUUUUGACCAUGAAUUUUCUUUUUACAUUUUCUUAAACUUUCAACACACCAGUUCCUUCCGACUUUGAGCUGUGAAGAAAUAGGUGUGGCAAGGUUUUUGCUGCUGGCAGGCUUAAAAAAAAUUAAUUGUAUUGUAAAUAUUUUUCUUUGAAAGAAAACACAUAUAUGAUUUGAUAAUCCACUGUGAUGUCUUAGUCCUUCUAGGGAAGAUUUGAACCAAAACUAGUUUUUAAAUUAAAAAGCCCACUCCUGAAGAAAUGGCUGUUAUAGUUCUAGGAAGGACACCUAGGAGGAAACUUCAUCCCAAAGAAGCUGGAAAGCAACAACCUUCCAUUUAUCAUAAAGAGACUUCUGUUUGCUCUGGUUGCUUGUACUCAAAUGGAAGAGACUUUCAGAGAGAGCCAUGUAUGAGAGAUUGUGUUCUCAAAAGCUUUUCCUUGCUGCUUGUUAUUUCUCAGUGUUCAACAGAAUAUUCUGUUUUGUUGUCAUCUUUCUUCACUUCCUUCUCUGGGUGAGAAGUCCUUUCUAUAAAGGCAGAAUUUUAUGUAUGCCUUCACUUCUGUAAAUAUUUUAUUCUUUCAUUUUCUAUUUAGUUUGUAUUUAAGGCAUUAUAUUACAUGUAAUCUGAAUCAUACAUGUUCACUGUGAGUUUAGCUGUUCAUGAAAAACAUUACUCCUGAUUUUAAAUAAAGCUGAUGUAGAAAGUCUUA